AUGACGUCCAUCCCUUCCAAGACCCUGGAGAUCUCGCCCGGGAUAACGUACAGGUACUUUUACUCCCGCGCGUCGCGGGCGGACCUCCCCACCCUCCUCUUCGGGGCCGACGAACUGGAGCUUGAGGCGCCGGUGCUGGUCGUGGGGUGCGGCCGGGACGAGAUGACGGCGGCCGGGCUGCAGGACGAGAUGACCAGGCCGUGGGCGCGGGCGGGGUACCGUUUCGAGGUGCUCGACACGGGCCACUGGGUCAUGCUCGAGGACACGGCGGGGACGAACCGGCUGCUGGAGGAAUUCGUGGACGGUCUCGGGAAAGACUGA